AUGCUUAACAAACGGCUAUUACCAGCAAGCCUGCUGGCGAGCGGAGCAGUCGGACUACUGAUUCAACCAACGAAUAUCUCACAAACAAGCACCGAUGUGGAACUCAUCGUCAAUGGACAGAAUUUUGGCGCUGUCCAACCCUUGACUCAAAGUGCAGACGCGAACCUGAAUAUGGGUGUUCAUGAUCCGCUUUACCAUGUCACGACUUCAAAUAGGGAAAACCUCACUGGCGAGGAUAUUGCUUUGAUAUCAUGCGAUUCUGGCGAUUACCCUGGAUUUCUUCCCUUGAACGAUGUGUUCCAAACAGCUCUCGGUGUCAAUGCUUCAGCUAUCAUCCUCUACAGUUUGACAGCUGAGCAGUGUAACAUUACUAACAUGGAAUCGGCCUACGCAAGAGUAUAUUCCAUGUCGAAUUACACCGAAUCGCAGGAUUUGCUGUCCCACCUCAACGCCCAAUAUAACCCACAGGCGGUGAUUCAGCACACGUCGACAUCCAACAACAACAAUGGCGGCAGCCAAGGUCCUCAAACUUAUGGGUCUUCUCCCACGACAGCCGUUGCCAUGAUCAUUCUGUACAGUGUGACUGGUAUCAUCACUGCCCUGUUCCUUAUCAUAAUAAUCACAGGAGCAAUAAGAGCACACCGUCAUCCAGAACGCUACGGACCAAGAAACGCCGCCGGAAGACCUCGACAGACUAGAGCCAGAGGUAUUGCGCGUGCCAUGCUGGACACCAUCCCCGUUGUCAAAUUCGGCGAGCAACCUAAGCAAGAGCCAAAGGUUACAGAUGUCGAGCUGGCCGACACUGACACGCCAGUGAUUCGUCGCUCAGUUGAGAACGAUGGCGCGCACGAAACAGAAGCGCGCGAUCAUGCCGAACCGAGACAGUCGAUGACUUCCGUCCGCUCAGGCAUCGGUGCGGCAGCAGGACAUGGCGAUUCCGAUGCUAUCGCAGGAAUGGCUUCAGCUGAAUCUGGUGAGGCACUAGGAUGCUCAAUUUGUACCGACGACUUCGAGACUGGACAGGACCUCCGUGUACUCCCUUGCGACCACAAGUUCCACCCGGCAUGCAUUGAUCCUUGGCUACUGAAUGUGUCAUCAACUUGCCCGCUCUGCCGUGUUGAUCUACGGGCUGAAGGAUCUACCGAGGCGGAUGUGCCAACUGCUGAAGCUACCGAGAACGGUGACCUGCCUCCUCCUAUCAACGGCUACAAUGGCCAACCCUACCGCGUCAGCAUGCGUCGCAGCUUGCUCAUUGGCCUUGGACUCGAUCGUGGACAUCUUGAUCAGGGACAACGAAUGGCUGCUGCACGUGAACUACGUGAACUCAGACACAACCCCAUUGAUGGUACCGUGGCGCAGGUGCAGGACCAGGGCGAAGAAGGCGGUCAGCGUCGUAGAUUGCGAGAGCGCUUUGGAGUCCGAACAAGAAGAAGAGGACAGUCGGAUGCCCAGGCUCAGAGUGUUGUUGCUGUUCCUGAGGAGGCGAGCACGACUGCUUCGACAGAGGCUCCGGACACCGAAGCCGCACAAUCGACUCAGCGUUCUACUAACGCUUGA